AUGAUUGACAAGACAGCAAAUUUGAGGGAUGAAAGCGCAGAGACCAGACAUCUGCUGAAUCACACGGCAGAGAGCGACCCCCGAGAAUGCGAUAUCCAGUCCGAAUUCCAUGAUCUCGAGAAACAGGAUGACGCCCAGGCUGGGGGAUCUCGCUUCCUGAUAUGGACCGGAGUCAACAUUGCUUCCACAGUAGCAAUAGUAUUCCUCAACAAAUCUAUCUUCUCAAACCCGUCUUUCGGAAACUGCCAGGUCACCUUCGCCGCAUACCACUUCCUGAUCACCGCCGGCACACUAUGGGCUGCGUCCCGUUCCUCGUGCGGGCUGUUCGUGCCUAAGGAAGCUACUCUCCCACAGAUGCUGCCCCUAUCAGCGGCAAUGUGCAUCCAAGUGGUACUCCAGAACCUGGGCCUGGCGCACUCCUCGGUGAUGUUCCACCAGCUCUCGCGGCUCCUCCUAACACCCGUCGUUGCCGGACUGAACUACAUCCUCUACGGGUCCAAAAUCCCCCGCUCCGCGUUCCUGCCGCUUGCCCUCCUCUGCACGGGGGUAGGAGUCGUCUCCUACUAUGACUCCCUCCCAAAGGACGACGGGAAGGCCACCACAUCGUUCUGGGGCGUGCUGUUUGCGUUCGCGGGCGUCGGCGCCAGUUCCAUCUACGUGGUGUGGAUCGGCCAUUAUCAUCGGAAACUGGAUAUGAGUAGCAUGCAGCUCCUGCUGAACCAGGCGCCGAGCGGUAUUCUGGCCAGCAUAGUCAAUUUGUCUGGGUUCUUCAUCAUCGACACGGCUGGGGCUGUGAGCUCCACGGUUGUUGCGCAGCUCAAGUCCUGCGUUAUUGUUGGACUGGGCUGGGCGUCUAGUGGUCAUGUCGUCAUGGGCGAGAGUAUUUUUGGGAUAUUUAUGGCGUUGCUUGGGAUGAGCUCGUACAUGCACAUUGUUCUUAAGGAUCAUAUGUAA